AUACCACUGUGAAAAAUAUUUCUAUCAUCAGGGCUGGUCUCUGAUUGUGUGACUCAUUCUUAAUAUUUUCAGUAUAUACUGUAUAUUUUUUUCUUUACGACAAGAAGACGACCACUUCCCCUUUCCUCGCUUUUUCUACCCGCCGCUUCCUCCUUUUUCAUUUGCGGUGGAUGAGCAGAAGAUCAGGAUUAAGGGAGAAUCUGUCAAAUUGCUCUGAUUAGCGCCGCUGCUGGCAUCGGUACCCUGACAUCGCCGUGUUCCGCGGUGGGAGGACGGCACUCUGAGGAGGCAGCAGCAGGAAGAGAGCCGUGCGCGCGUGAGCUUGCGAGAGCGUGAGCAGGCAGAGCUCCGGCCGCCCAGCCAGCAUGCACAAGCACCACCACUGCUGCAAAUGCCCGGAGUGCUACGAAGUGACCCGCAUGGCCGCCCUGCGCAGGAUGGACCCCCCGUCCUACGGGGAAUGGCAGCCGGAGCCCUAUGGGUACCCGGGCGGGUACGGAAGCGGUCAGAACCUGCCCCCACAGACCCCUGGAGGAGGGGGUGGCGUGGGCGGAAGCGGCACCCUCGGGAGAAGCAAGGGCAAGAUGAUGUCCGCCGGGGGUCCCGGGGGCCCCAACCCCAAGGGCCAGUCCAAGGGCGGCCCCAAGGUGAACGGAAACAGCUCGGGGGGCCAAGGGGGAUGGUGGCCGGAGUGCACCUGUUCUGGCCGGGAGUGGUACGACCAGGCAAAUCCACCUCCAAUCCUGGUCAAUGCGGAUUCCUUGGAUGCAGGCCCCUAUGUGAAUGGCAGUGAUGGGAUGUAUAAAUACGAAGAAAUAAUUCUGGAAAGGGGCAACUCUGGACUGGGGUUCAGCAUUGCCGGAGGGAUAGACAAUCCGCACAUCCCUGAUGACCCGGGGAUCUUCAUCACAAAGAUCAUCCCAGGAGGGGCAGCAGCCAUGGACGGCAGGCUUGGGGUGAACGACUGCGUGCUGCGUGUGAACGAUGUGGACGUGUCCGAGGUGGUCCACAGCCAGGCGGUGGAGGCCUUGAAAGAGGCGGGACCUGUCGUCAGACUGUUGGUACGGCGGAGACAGGCUCCGCCCGAGACCAUCCUGGAAGUCAACUUGCUCAAGGGUCCCAAAGGACUGGGCUUCAGCAUCGCAGGGGGGAUAGGCAACCAGCAUAUCCCAGGAGACAACAGCAUCUAUAUCACCAAGAUUAUCGAGGGCGGUGCCGCGCAGAAGGACGGCCGGCUCCAAACGGGAGACCGCCUGCUAGCCGUGAACAACAUCAACCUGCAGGAUGUGCGGCACGAGGAGGCCGUGGCAGCGCUGAAGAAUACCUCGGACAUGGUGUACCUGAAGGUGGCCAAGCCCGGGCCUACGCACCUCAACGACAUGUACGCCCCGCCCGACUACUCCAGCAGCCUCGCCCUCCCUGCAGCCUUCCCCACCAUGGUCGAUAAUCACGUAGGCCACAGCUCCAGCAUGGCCUACAUGGGCGGCAUGGAACCCAAGCCGGUGUACCAGCAGCCCCCCCAGAUCGCUCCGUCCCGGUACUCCCCGGUGCCUCGGCACAUGCUGGGGGAGGAGGACAUGACCAGGGAGCCCCGAAAGAUUGUCCUGCACAAGGGAUCCACGGGCCUGGGCUUCAACAUCGUCGGUGGGGAGGAUGGCGAGGGCAUCUUUGUCUCCUUCAUCUUGGCAGGAGGGCCUGCUGACCUGAGCGGGGAGCUGAGGAGAGGAGACCGCAUCCUUUCGGUGAAUGGAGUGAACCUGCGUAAUGCCACACAUGAGCAGGCCGCUGCCGCGCUGAAGAGGGCGGGACAGACGGUCACCAUCAUUGCCCAAUUCCGACCAGAGGAGUACAGCCGCUUUGAGUCCAAGAUCCACGACCUGCGAGAACAGAUGAUGAACAGCAGCAUGAGCUCGGGUUCGGGCUCCCUGCGCACCAGUGAGAAGCGCUCGCUUUACGUCAGAGCUCUCUUUGACUAUGACCGCACGCGGGACAGCUGCCUGCCCAGCCAGGGCCUGAGCUUCUCCUACGGGGACAUCCUACACGUCAUCAAUGCCUCGGACGACGAGUGGUGGCAGGCGCGGCUCGUCACCCCCCACGGGGAGAGCGAGCAGAUCGGGGUCAUCCCCAGCAAGAAGAGGGUGGAGAAGAAAGAGCGCGCGAGGUUAAAAACGGUCAAGUUCCACGCCAGGACGGGCAUGAUUGAGUCCAACAGGUCGGUCAAAGUAAAGCGCAAAAAGAGCUUCAGCCUCUCGCGCAAGUUUCCCUUUUACAAGAGCAAGGAGAACAUUGCGCAGGAGAGCGUGGAGCCUGAACAAUGUCUGACGUCAAACACGAGCGACAGCGAAAGCAGCUCAAAGGGACAGGAAGAUACAAUCCUGUCCUAUGAACCAGUGAUUCGACAGGAAAUUCAUUACACAAGACCCGUGAUCAUUCUGGGACCGAUGAAGGACAGGGUGAACGAUGACCUCAUCUCCGAGUUUCCUCACAAGUUCGGAUCUUGCGUUCCGCACACCACCAGGCCGAGGAGGGAGAAUGAGAUAGACGGUCAGGAUUAUCACUUCGUUGCUUCACGGGAACAGAUGGAGAAGGACAUUCAGGACAACAAGUUCAUUGAAGCAGGCCAGUUCAACGAGAACCUCUACGGUACAAGCAUCCAGUCUGUCAGAGCUGUGGCUGAAAGGGGAAAGCAUUGCAUCUUGGACGUGUCAGGGAAUGCCAUCAAGCGAUUGCAACAAGCACAACUGUACCCAAUUUCCAUUUUCAUCAAGCCAAAAUCCAUCGAAGCCCUUAUGGAGAUGAAUAAGAGACAGACAUAUGAACAAGCCAGCAAAGUGUUCGACAAGGCGAUGAAGCUGGAGCAGGAGUUUGGAGAGUAUUUCACAGCAAUUGUACAGGGUGACUCGCUAGAGGAGAUCUACAGCAAAAUAAAGAUGAUCAUUGAGGAACAGUCAGGCCCUUACAUCUGGAUCUCCUCCCCGGAGAAGCUCUGAACACCCAAGUCCCCGUGGUCCCCAGAUCCACAUUGAAGUCUACCUACCUAGCUGAAGUCCCAUCCUUCCCUUUUUUAGAUAUGUUGCAUAUCAAGUUUUAUUGUCAUCAUUCUGUUACUCUUUAAUGGGUAAAAAGUCUCAUCAUUUCUGUGACUGUGCACACCCCUGCAUGAGUUUCUCAGCAAACCCAUCUGUGGCAGCGAUGUCAUAGCAGACGCAUUUAAUCUUUUAACGCAGAGCAAAGGAACAGGCGUGCAGGUUGGUUCUUGACCACUUUGAUGGGUCUCACAAAGGUGCCAUGGCGAGCUGGACUUGGAAAUGCUCUGAGGGGCUGACAGUUUGCUCAAGCUGGAUCAGCGUGCUUCAUGAUGCUGGGCUUGGAAAGACUUGGAUGAUGAGAAGCUGGAUGGACUAGAUACAAAUCAGGACCCCGGAUGGUACUGUUCUGUUCAAGGAACCUUUUUCCAGCGUUCAGAGUUUUAAAAAUAAAAAAAGAAAAAAAAAAAAAA